AUGGCCGCAGCCGGCGACGACGACCUCCAGCUCCAGCACGCCGCCGUGCCGAUCCCGUGCGUGACCCUGAACACGGGCCACGCCAUGCCGGUGCUGGGCUUCGGCACCGGCUCCUCGCGCGCGCCCGCCGACCUGCCGGACACCAUCGUUCACGCCGUCCGCCUCGGCUACCGCCACCUCGACACGGCCGCCAUGUACGGCACCGAGCCGGCCGUGGGCGUUGCCGUUGCCGAGGCCGUCCGCUCAGGCGCCGGCGGGAUCUCCUCGCGCGAGGACCUCUUCGUCACCUCCAAGCUCGGGAUCCCCGACGCGCGCCCGGGCCGCGUCGUGCCGGCGCUGCGCGAGUCCCUGGGCCGCCUCGGCGUCGACUACCUGGACCUCUUCCUCGUCCACUGGCCCGUCGCCGGCGACAACCCCGCGGACAAGAGCACGCACACGGAAUUCGACAUGGAGGGCGUGUGGCGCGGCAUGGAGGAGUGCCACCGCCUGGGCCUGGCGCGCUCCGUCGGCGUCAGCAACUUCUCGGCCGCCAAGAUGGAGCGGCUGCUGGCGCUCGCCGCGGUGGCGCCGGCCGUGAACCAGGUGGAGCUGAACGUGGGGUGGAGGCAGGAGAAGGUGCGGGAGGUGUGCGCGAGGCACGGCGUGGUCGUGGCCGCCUACUCGCCGCUGGGCGCGUACGGCGCCUCCUGGGGCUCGGACGCCGUCAUGCACAGCGGCGUCAUGCACCACGUCGCCGCCGCCAAAGCCAAGACCGUGGCCCAGGUGGCGUUGAGGUGGGUGUACGAGCAGGGCGUGUGCUUUGUGGCCAGGAGCUUCAACAAGGAGAGGCUCAAGCACAACAUGGACAUCUUUGUUGAUUGGGAGCUGAGCGAUGAGGACAAAGCGAUGAUCGCCACGAUACCGCAAAAAAGGGCGUGCCAGGGGGACUACUUUGUGUCGCCUGACGGACCUUACAAAUCACUCGAGGAGCUGUGGGACGGCGAGAUAUGA